AUGCCCGAGUCUGACAGCAAAUUCCCAGAGGUCAAGGGGGGCGGCAGCUUGAUCCUCGCAUGGCAGAUUAAAGGCAAGCACGUGCUGGUCGUCGGAGGUGGUGAGGUCGCAGCUGGCCGCAUACUCAACGUGCUCGACGCCGAUGCUCUCGUGACCGUCAUCUGUCCCUUUUCCGGCCUUAACCCGGAAGUGCGACACCGAGUCACCGAGGCGCAGGUGAAGCACAUAGAUCGUCUAUUUGAGCCAAUCGACCUCGAGAGCCUGCCACAUCCGUCGGGAGAAGCAGAGAAGACGGGACCUCCCGAUAUGGUUCUUGUCGCCAUUGACGACCCGGACGCCUCGACGCAGAUAUGGAAGCUAUGCAAAAAGCUCCGCAUUCCAGCCAACAUUGCCGAUGUGCCGCCUGAAUGCGACUUUUACUUUGGCUCUGUACAUCGCGAUGGGCCACUACAGAUCAUGGUGUCGACGAAUGGCAAGGGGCCGAGGCUGGCGGCUGCUUUGCGCAAGUAUAUUGCUUCCAGUCUGCCAAAAGGCGUGGGUAAUGCCAUCGAGCGAAUUGGUGUCUUGAGAAAGAACCUCAGAGUGGUUGCGCCUGAUGCGUCCCAAGGACCAAAGCGGAUGAAAUGGAUGAGCAAAGUCAGCGACCAACUGACGUGGGACCAGAUGUGCGAGCUGACGGACGAGGAUAUGCAGAAUCUCUUGAAAUUCUUUGACAGCGGCAAAGUGCCAUCCUUUAAAGACUUGAAGGCGAUGCGCGCUGGAGGUGACCCCGAUGAGUUGGACCUCUUUGACGGGUCUUUCGGUUUCAGUAUCGGAAUAUAA